AUGCAGCGCGUGUCUGCUUUGUUACCUUCUUGGGGGGAUCGGAGAAAAUCCAAUACCAGCACAUCGGCCAAGGCUUCCAUAGAGAGACUGUCCAGCUCAUCCGACAAACGACCCAAACCCCUGCAGCGCUUGUCAACGACUUCACGGAUCGCUCGCGAGGACUUUUGGCCAGCCACCCUCGAUCAUGAGUGUGAUCGGUCUGCGAGGAUACUCAAGUCCUUCUGCUCCGACGGAUACCUCGCGCCUCUGCAGGACGACAACCAUUCCAUCACUUCCGCCAAUUCCGCCAGCUCUGCCGAACCGCAAACCCCCAUACAGGUGUUCCAGAAGAUCCCGACGCGCAUCAUACAAAAUGCUGCUGGUAUCGCCAUCUUCACAUGCAUGCGCUCCGGUCUUUGGAUGACUGGCUCGGGAGGCUCGGGCAUCCUGAUUGCGCGGAAGGCUGACGGCACCUGGUCGCCGCCCUCGGGCAUUUUACUCCACACCCCCAUCCUUAGCUUCAUCAUGGGAGUCGAUAUAUAUGACUGCGUCCUUGUCAUCAACAACAUGGCGGCCCUGGAAUCGCUAAUCACAAGGCCAAAUGUUACACUUGGAGAAGACAUUGGUCUCACUCGCGGACCUCUCGUCUCACUCGAGUCGACCGGCGACGAUAUGCGAUGGCGAGACUUUGACGGUACCGUUCUGACCUACCUCAAGGCCAGAGGUCAAGCCCAAACCGUCGACCUCAGUGGCUGCAUCCUGAGGGAGAGGGGCAAUGAGAAUGAGAGAUUCUAUGGGAGCGAAGUGACGCCUCUGCAGAUUCUUGCAGGCAACGUCGCGCGACAGGUGGAAGAAACCCUACCUCUAACCGAGGUUCUGAAGGCCGCCGAAGGCCGCAUCGAUGCAGACCUCGCGAUCAUCAACCAGCUCUCAAGCCAGCCGGCCCCUGGUGACGCCAUGAUUGCCACACCCCGCGAUUCACCCGUAUCGCCCACCGCGGCAUUUGGCAUGCCCAACGCCGCUGACCCAGACCCAUUCGGCAUCCUUGCCCUGGAGAUGGCAGGAUUGGAAAUCCGCGAGGCCGGCACGCGCCUCAGACCAGGAAGCCGCCAGUUCGAUUAUUCACCCAGCCCGACUAGCCCUGCCUUUUCUAAAUUCAGCCGGCAGAGUGUACAAGCAUCCGUCACUGAGAGCAACAGGGGCAGCUACAUGUCAACAAGGACAGAGACGACGAAGAUGUCUGAUGCUCAUACACAGACUGAUCUGGGCCAAACCCCCAGCACGACACCAACUCACAGCCAGAGUGAGGAUGGACGGAUGCAGCGGCUGAUUAGCGGCAGCCACUCGAUCGAGAGCUGUACCAUGACGGACAGCGCCACGAGUACCGAUGAACAAUCGAGGACAGACGGUAGCACACUCGAUGAUGCAGCCACCAAGGCGUCGAGCAUCUAUGAGAAGGAGGAGAUGGAGUCCCAGAUGGGGAACGAUGAGAUUGACGACGACGCAGACGAUGAGGAUGAUGAGAGCGAGGAUGAGGAGGAGCCCAUCAUCUAUGAAGUGGCGUCUCUGCAGCCGACAGCCCGCACAGCUAUGAUUGCGUCUCCCAUUCAGGUCAAAGGUUCUCUUGUGACGAUUCCCAAGCGGAUUCCCCCGCCCCUUCCCACCAGAAGUCCCGCGCGGGCUUCGCGAGCGAGCAAGAGCGAGCUGGGCGAUGUCAGCCACCUCGCAAGCCCACUGCACUCCAACUUCACCACCUCGCCGAGGCAAUCCUACGACGCUGGUUGUGCGGGCAGCGAAGGCCGCGAGAUUCCUUCCAUCCUUGAAACUCCGGCGGUGGACGAACCUGCAGCGGCGACCCCAUCCAGGGAGCAGGUCGAUGUGGCCGUCGAGGUUGACAAGAGCCCAUUGUCCACUAAGACCUCACAAGAAUUCCACGAGGCUAAGGAAGACCUCAGUCCUCAACCUGCGGCGCCUGGUGCCUUUCCCUCGGAUGACGAGGUCGACGCUUUAUUCCCACCCGUCAGGAACCCCAGGCGACAGUCAAAACCGGAGAAGGCGGCAGAGACCCAAGCCGUAUCGCCCCGACCGGUUUCUGUGGCAUGA